CUUUGUUGAAUAAAAGAGAAAGAGGUUAGGGGUAGAGUUGUAGCAAGUAGAGACAGACAGUGAGAUAUUCCUCACUGUGAUAAUAGUGGUGUCCCCUCUCUCCACACCCCAAUAAUGAUAAUGAUAUUCCCUCUAGUCUUCUGAAUCAAAUUUUCUCUGGAUAUUGUGAAGAGAGAGAAGAGAGAAGAGGGGCUAAGUUUCAACUUUCAGUUUUGGAGUUCUCUCUUGAUUUGUUUUAGUUUCUCAAGUAUUUUGUGGCCACCGGUUGGAAGUUGGAGAACAAAAUACAAAGAGCUACUGGAGCUCUCUCUCUCUCUCUCUCAUAGCAGUUGUUGGUUACUGAAGCAGAGAGCUAGCUGCUGCAUGCUGCUGGGUUGCUGGGCUCCAAUGGCUUCUGUAUUCUCUUAAUCUAUCUUCGAGUUCAUAGCUAUUUUGCUGAGAUCUGUACUGGAGUUAUCCAUCCAUCAAAAUUGUUUCUUUCCGCUACGUACCGUGGUCAAUGCAGUGGUUGAAAUUCACGUUUAGCUUCAAAUUGAGGGUUUGAGUUUACACUUUCCCAUUAAUAUGUUGGAUAGUUGGUUGGGAGGUUGCUUUUCGAUUUCUUCUUUUUCUUUCUCAAUGUUAUUAGCUGGAGUUCUGAUUUUUUUAUUUUGGGUUGACUAAUGCCUUCCUUCUGUCUUUGCUAAUUUCACAUUCAAAACCCGGUGCAUCAUUUCUCGAUGAAAUUCUCAAGCACAUGAACAGUAAUUAUGAUUUAACUCUGUAUUGUGUCAUGAAGGCUUAGAAACUCAUUUGAACCGACUGGAGGCAAGCAUUGACUGUUUUCUGGUCACACUAUCAACAAAACAUGAAAUUUGAAUUAAAGAAAAGAUGGAAAUCAAUUGUCCCACUUCAGUUGAAACACAAAUCAGCCACCCGUUUUUCUUUAUUUCCCAAAUCGAAGUCAGAUUUUGGUCCGGGCAAAGCACCUGUAUAUCUCAAUGUAUAUGACUUGACACCCAUGAAUGGCUAUGUCUAUUGGGCAGGCUUUGGAAUUUUUCACUCUGGUGUUGAAGUUCAUGGCGUUGAGUAUGCAUUUGGAGCACAUGACUACCCUACCAGUGGUGUUUUUGAGGUUGAACCUCGGCAAUGCCCAGGAUUCAAGUUCAGGAAAUCUAUAUUUAUUGGGACCACAAGCUUAGACCCUAUUCAGGUUAGAGAGUUCAUGGAGCGCCAGUCAUUGAGGUACAAUGGUGAUACAUAUCACCUGAUUGUCAAGAAUUGCAACCAUUUCUGCAGAGAUAUCUGCUACAAGCUAACUGGGAAAUCAAUUCCAAAGUGGGUAAAUCGACUGGCAAGAAUAGGUUCAAUAUGCAACUGCAUACUUCCUGAAGCGCUAAAGAUUUCUGCUGUACAACAUGACCCUAACAACCAACCAUAUGAUAGUGAGAAGAGGAGUUUGAGAAGUGCCUUCAGUUGCCUGUCUUCUAUCUCAAUGCGGCAGAAGCAAUUGUCAUCAUCUUCAUUGUUUCUACAGUCACCCUUGAAAGGCUGCUUGCCACCAUGGGAAUUAAGAAGGUCAAACAAUGGUUCCUUGAAGGAAAGGUGAGUGUUUGCAGGAUUGCUGUUGGAUGACCAACCUCCAUGACCUUGCGAUGGGGAUUUGUUGCUAAUUUUCAUGUGUCAGCACUUGGAAGGCUGCCAUCACUCAGAUUGUUUUAGUUAUCCCAGGUUUGCGGAGUCAUGUUUAUGAUUGUUGUAACUGUAGUUUCCAGCUAGCAAAUCUAAGAGAAAUUGCUAAUCAGUUUCUCUCUGUGUCAUAUUUUUUCAUUAGCCACUCUGUAUCUUGCAAAGGUUUAGAGGUAUCCUCCAGUCACCUCAAGUGUAAAUUGUCCUGUUAACUUUGGCUAGUAUAUCAGUCUCGACAAAUGAAUCAUCUCUUAUUCCUAUCUCA